AUGCGCCGAGGUCGGUGUUAUGCCGAGUCCCUGGCUCAACCACUGGCCCCUCCUCCCUGCUCUUCGUUCUUGCGCGGCCACAGCGCGAAUAGACUCCAUGGCCCAUUCCGUGGCCAUCUUACCCAGCUGACUCAUACUUUGUUUGGCGAUCAGAGACGAAGCAUCGAUCAAGCGAGUGGGCGGCGCACGCGUGGAUCUUUACGAGCGUGGCAUCGUCUAUGAGCGGAAGUGCGUGCUGCUGGAUGCGACGACGCGGGUGGGAACGUUGUUCCUUCUGCGUUUCUACCGUAUUGUACGGAACAGAUCGACUCCGAAGAUGGUUUAA